AUGGACAUUUCCGUAGAGUCACGUUGCAAAGGUUUGGAACUAGUCGGUUUAUGGCCCGCGAACGAUGAAACGGUUAGAAAUAGGUUCACUUCCGAUCUUCGUCUGGCCAUCAUUUUCGUUGUAGUGACAAUCAUCUCAGGCGUUCCUCUCGUUUGCGCUCUCGUACGUGUUUGGGGCGAUAUGCUACUCAUGAUAGACAAUAUACAAAUCACAUUGCCUCUACUCGUGGUCUCGUUGAAACUCGGUGUCAUGCGAUGGAAACGACCAGCUCUUUUAUCCAUCUUAAACAUGAUGGCGCAAGACUGGAUGGAAUCAAAGACGACGAAGGAGAGGGACGUGAUGAUCGAACGAGCGCAGAUUGCUCGAACGAUUGUUAUGAGCGGAUACGUUCUAAUGAUAUUGGCGUUCGUGGUGGUCAUUGUUCUUCCGUAUUUCGGCUUCUCGCUUCGGCGCUUGACGAAUCUCACGGAUCUGAGCAGACCGUUGCCGCUGCAGACUUAUUACUUUUACGACGUGGAUAAGAGCCCGCAAUUCGAGCUCACGUUCAUCGUUCAGGCUGUCACGAUUCUCCUGUCCGCCGCGACUUACACGUCCGUGGACGCUUUUCUGGGACUCGCAAUCCUUCACUUCUCCGGGCAGUUGGAGAUCUUCAAGAACCGCAUAGCCGUACUGACAUCCUGUCAGAGUUUCAUUUGCGCUCUGAGCAACAACGUGGCCAAACAUCUACGGCUAAUCAAAUUCGCUAAGAUUAUUGAGGAUACUUUUACUUUAAUGAUGCUGAGUUUGGUGCUUUACUUUGCUAUUUUAUUUUGUCUUCACGGAUUCUUAUUGCUCACCUGCGAAAGAGUGUAUCGCGCGAUGUGCGAGCUGGAAUGGUACAAACUGAAAUCGAAACACGCGAGAACUCUUAUCUUAUUAAUGAUACGCGCCAAUCAACCCUUCCGCAUCACCGCGGGAAAAAUAUUCCCGCUCACAAUGACCACAUUUUGCAGCUUGUUAAAAACGUCGGGUGGUUACAUAUCGUUCUUGCUGGCGAAGCAAGGAUGA